CGUCACUUCUAAACUUUUGUCUGACUGAGCAAUAUACACACCAAUGCUCUCCUCGGCCUUGAGUAGAUGUCCGAGGAUCGGCAUAUUUGUAAUACUCGAUAUAAUUCUACUGAGACGCCACAGAGACCUCUAACUACCCAGUACCGUUUGGGUAUUGGAUUGCACAGAAUUGGAAAAUAUGCAACGGAUUGUUAUUAUUUAUGUUGAAGUUGAACCAAUGAGCGACGAUGGAAUUUAUUAGUUUACCCCAUUGCGUCAUUGUUAAUCAUUUCUCUACGAUUACCUAUGCACUUACUCAUCGACAUAAUAGUGCACCGCUAUAAACAUAUCAUAUAUAUAUAUAAGAAAGUCCUCCUUGUAGCAGGUAAUAUAUAUUCAUGAGCCUCUAAUAGACAUCAACUCAACAAGACUGAUAUACUUUCCAACCAACACAUAACUACGUCAUCCAUCUCAGAGCAACAAUGGCAGCUCGAAAGGUUCUCAUUACUGGCGCAACGGGCAAGCAAGGCGGAGCUGUUAUCGAUGCCCUCUUGUCAAGCGGUUCAUCUUUCCAAAUCCUUGCCCUGACGCGCAAUGCCUCGUCAAAGGGCGCUCAAUCCCUGGCCUCAAAGCCCAACGUCACUGUUGUUGAAGGAGACUCUUCCUCCCCGGCCUCAAUCUUCAAAGCUCACUCACCUAUCCACUCUGUUUUCUCCCUGACCAUCCCAGGCAAAGCUGGAGCUGAGGAACAACAAGCUAAGCCGCUAAUUGACGAGUCUAUCAAGAACGGAGUCGACCAUUUCGUCUUCACCUCCGUGGAUCGCGGUGGACCUGGGACGAGCGAGAAGAACCCUACCAACAUCGAGCACUUCGCAUCAAAACAUCGAAUCGAGGAAUAUUUGAAAGAAAAGAGUGGAAAUGGGUCGAAGAUGGCAUUCACGAUCCUAAGACCUGUGUGUUUUAUGGACAACUUGACCCCGGAUUUUAUUGGAAGAUCUUUUGCCAGUAUGUGGAGAGGAGUUGGCGACAAACCCCUGCAACUGAUCUCCGUUCACGACAUCGGAAUUUUUGCUGCGAAAGCUCUUUCGAAUCCCGAAUAUAAGGGGAAAGCAAUUUCCCUGGCAGGCGACGAAUUGACAGUAGAGCAGGGGAAGAAGGUCUUCAAAGAGACGAUGGGGUAUGAUAUGCCAGAAUCCUUUGGCUUCGUAGGCGCAGGCCUCAAAUUCGCGAUGAAAGAGUUGGGAACCAUGUUUAAGUGGUUCAAGACGGAUGGAUAUGGUGCAGAUAUUCCAGCAUUGAGGAAAGAGGAACCGGCGUUGCAGAAUUUUGGCACUUGGCUAAAGGAGAGCAGCAAGUUUUCAAAGCAGUAGGAGAUGAGUGAGGGAGAAUAUUUGUAAUAUUAGUUUCAUAUCAACUCGAG